AGACCUCUGAAUUCUGAAGCUCAUUUUUCAUCAGUGCUUCCCACAUGUCGAACGCCACGGUUUGUUGCGCUUUCGAGUCCCCCAUCCUGGACCAACUCCUUCCCCCUGUCCUUUUCCUAGAAUUCAUUUUCGGCCUCACGGGGAACAUUUUAGCCCUCUGCAUGUUCGCCUUUCACAUGGACAGCUGGAAGCCCAACUCCAUCUACCUGGCACACCUGGCUAUAGCCGACUCGGUGGUGCUGUUCUGCUUGCCCUUUAGAGCAGACUACUACCGCAGGCGCAAGGACUGGAUUCACGGGGACGUUUUCUGCCGCAUCCUGCUCUUCCUCCUUGCAGCCAACAGGGCAGCAGGUAUUUUCUUUCUCACGGCGGUGGCUGUGGACCGCUACCUGAAGAUCGUGCAUCCGCUCAACCGUAUCAAUCGGAUGGAUCUGAGGUACGCCAUGUGGGUCUCUGCAGGCAUGUGGGCAAUGAUAGUAGCCAUGACGGGUUACCUGCUUGGGGCGCCACACUUCUUCUAUAUCGACAACCGCACCCAAUGUGAGAGCUUCAACAUAUGCAUGGGCAACAACCCACUUUCAAACUGGCACAACGCCUUCUAUGUGAUCCAGUUCUGCUUGCCCACAAUGAUUGUCCUCUUCUGCACAGCCUGCAUUACAUGGCAGCUGAAAAACAAGACGAUGGACACCUCGGGCAAAAUCAAGAGGGCCGUUCAGUUCAUUUUCAUCGUUGCUAUGGUCUUCAUCAUCUGCUUCUUUCCAAGUACUGCUUCACGGGUCGCCGUCUGGAUACUCAAGGUCUGGUACAACGAGUGUUCGUACUUCAGUGAGGCGAAUCUGGCUUUUUACACUUCAGUCUGCUUCACCUAUUUCAACAGCGUCCUCAACCCUCUGGUGUACUAUUUCUCCACUCCAGCAUUCAGUGGGACCUUACAGAACCUUUUUUUGAAACUCAGAGGGAAGAAAGUAGACACUAAUGUGGCUACAGUAAUGAGUGAUUAAAGUAAACUGAGAAAAGAAAUGCGUGAAAAGGUGAUAAUCAAGUUCUAAACUAUUUCAUACAUCACUUAGCACAUAAUGUAUAUACUCUAUUAGGCACUAUAUUUCAGCUUUUCAUAUUUCAGUUCUCUUAAAUAAUUAGUCAAUAGCUGAAAGAUCACAUUGUGGAAUACUGUUUAACAUUUUGCUAUAAAUAUAUAAAUAACACAUAUAAAACUGUAUGCUUCAGCAAGGUUAAGUUUUAGAAGUGGAAUAAAUGUAUAGAAUGUAACACAGUUUAACAUCAGGUAGUAAUGAAGCCUGUUUAGAAUUCUUUUCAAUCCACAGUCAGUACUGGAUGGGCGAAUAUGCACAGUCAUUUCCAUUGAUUAUUUUUAUUGUGAAGUAAUGAUGUAAUUUUCAAACUGAUAAACACAAAGGAAUGACUAAACCAAUAAGUUACUAUAGAAAGUUAUGGAAAAUCUUGUUAUUAAAUAAAGUGUAUCAUAUAUACCACAGGA